AUGGACAAACAAGACUCGACUGGCAUCAAGUUUGACUACAGGCUCAGUCCGGUCAUUCUCUACUUCAUGUACCAACCCGAUCUCAAGCUCAACAUGCAAUGCUCAAGCAACACCAACACCAAGGACAACCCGGUCAUUCUCAACAUACACUACUAUUACUCGGCUUCAACGUCGUCCUCCUCGAAUCGCACCACCUCAAAGGACUGGAAGGACCUCGUACUGCUCGUGUUUGCGGCGGCAAGCGCAGCCGCGCUCUUGCUCAGUGCACGCCGGGAAGCCAAGCUCGACCAACUCAGGCUCCAGGAGCAGCAGACGUUUGCCGACCAGGAGGACGUGCCGAUCGGCUCGCAAGAGCUCACGCUGCCAGAAUUGAUCGGCCACGCCAGAAAGCCGCGCACCUUCUUUGGCAAACUGUACGAUACCCUGCUCGAGUGCAUCCUCAUUCCGCUGCGCAUCUUUGAGCUUGCCUUCCGGUUUGCGCCAGUCGUUUUUCUGGCUCCGCUCGUCUUCCUGCCGUCGAGGUACUAUGUCGCAGGGUGGCAACAGUGGUGGUGGACGCUGCUUGUGCACACCAUCGAGUCGUGUGGACCCACUUUCAUCAAGCUGGCCCAGUGGGCAAGCUCGCGUCGCGAUCUCUUCCCGGCCGACAUGUGCGCCCAGUUGUCGCGCCUGCACGGCCGAUCGCAACCCCACAGCUUUGCCCGAACUGCAGAAGUGAUUCGCUCCGCGCUCGCCGAGCGCAACGCAACCGUCGAAGAUGCCUUCUCGUACAUUGAUCCCCAGCCCGUCGGCUCUGGCUGCGUGGCCCAGGUGCAUCGCGCCAUCCUCAAGGCUGACGGAUCGGUGGUUGCGCUCAAGGUGCUGCACCCCGGCAUCCAACGAAAGAUUGAGCGCGACAUGCUGAUUCUAUACGCUUGUGCGGUGACCAUGGAAACGCUCGUCCCGCCACUCCGCUGGAUGUCGUUGGUCGAAAGCGUCGAGCAAUUCUCGUCGCUCAUGCUCCGGCAGCUCGACCUGCGCAUCGAGGGCGCCAAUCUGAUCAAGUUCAACCGCAACUUUGCCAACUAUCGCGGCAUUCGCUUCCCCACCGUUUUUCCCGAGUGGACGUCUGAGCGAAUGCUGGUCGAGUCGUACGAGCCGGGCGUCUCGCUCAAUCGCUUCAUUCGAGCCAACGACCAUCCCGCCAACCUCCACCUCGGCGAGCUUGGUCUGCGCGCCUUCCUCAAGAUGAUGAUUUUGGACAAUUUCAUCCACGGCGAUUUGCAUCCUGGCAACAUGCUGGCACAGAUGCAAUUCCCGGCGUCCCAGCUCUCCCCCGAGGCACUGGCGAGCAGCCGGUCGCUCCACAACGUCCCCUUCAACGACGAUACGUUGGACACUGUCCCGCAGCAUCUUCACGUGAAUGUACAGUCUGCCACCCAGUACGCAGAGACGGCAGAGAUUAUCGAAGAGGAGAAUCCCAUUGGCGUGCUCAACGACGACGACCCGCUCUGCUUUACGUUUUCCCUGCGCCCAGGUGCAAAGCACGCCUACCAGCCGUACCAGGAGACCUAUCCCAACGGCAAGCCAACCAAACCCAAGGACGUUCAGAUGCUGCUCAUUGACGCAGGCAUCGUCACCGAACUGAGCCCCGUCGACCGUGUCAACUUUAUCGACCUCUUCACGGCGGUUGCUCGAGGCCAGGGUCGGGCGGUCGGCGAGCUCAUGGUGGAUCGUGCGCGGGGCCAGUCUGAAAACCUCGAUCGUGAGGGGUUUAUCAGCUCUGUCGACAAUCUCGUAACACGCGUGCGCGUGCAGACCCUUGCGCUCGGCAAAGUGCGCAUUGCAGACAUCCUUUCUGAAAUGUUCUCGCUGGUCUGCAUGUAUGGCGUCAAGCUUGAGAGCAACUUUGUCUCGCUCGCCGUCUGCAUCAUGGUUUUGGAGGGCAUUGGCAGAUGUCUCAAUCCCGAAAUUGAUCUGCUGGACGCGGCGCUCCCGAUGCUCGAGGCGGUUGAGGCCAACCGCGGCCUCACAGCGGGUCAAUUGAGCAACACCCAAGCCGGUGCCAUUCGCAACAUGGCCCGUGCCUUCUCUGGCGUGCGCUGGGUUGUCUUCAAGGGUGAUAUCGAGCUCCUCGGGCAGCCAAGUAUUGUGUUCCAUCUAAUGGAUUGA